AUGUACCCGAAGAGCCGCCUGGCCUUGUUGGCUGCUUCUUGGGUAUUCCUAGGCAGUGUCAUCGGUGCAGAUCAGAUCGUUGCCGCUCGUGGUGCGGGCAAGUUGGAAGAGCGUGACGCUGCUUGUCAACGCACCAAACCUCCUACUCUUGCCGCCACUGCAUCCUCAGCAGGCAUCUGUCCCAUUGCAAGCGCACUGUGUGCUGCGUGCCCUGGCUCCACCACAACGGUGACAGUACGAUUCUGUCCGAGUGCAGGUGCAAGCACGGGUGGAGGAUCGAGAUCAGCAUCGGGAUCAGGGGAAGGAGGAAGCAGCAGCGCUCCAAGCAGCAGUGCUCCAAGCAGCAGUGCUCCAAGCAGUAGCGCGCCAAGCAGCAGCUCCGGCCUAAUUUACAACAAUAGCCCGGCUUCACCCUCCCAAACAAUCAAGCCUAGCUCUACACCCUUGGGACCCUCCCGAAGCUCCACACCUCUGAUAUCCGGCAGCCGCAGCGGCACCCCACCCAGAGGAGGUAUUUUGCAGACACUACCGGCGGUACCUGCGACACCAGCCGGGCUUGGGGCUGGAGCUGGAGCAGGCAGCUCUUUUACUCCGCGAGCGGUGAUUACACCCGGUAUAGUGCGACGCCAGAUGAUGAGGGUGAUGAAUAUGACUGCGCCGUUCGCUAACACGAGCAGUGUUCACACAAAUGCGACGAGUACUUUAAACAUGACAAGGCUACUAACCAGCUCAACUAUCACUGAGGCAACUGGGUUUCGGUUUCAUUUGAGGAACCAGGUGUAA